AUGCAUGGCUGGUUUUGGUUAGUUCAUAAGUUCAAGUGGCUUCGGCCUUCGGGCCUGUUUGUGAAUUGUGAUGAGCCAACUUCAGGAUCCAAACAGUGUACCUAUGUAAAGUAUCCGAUAAUCAACCACCACAGAACUUGUGAAACAGGAGUAAGUACAACUGUGCCCAGUACAAACUAUGAGCGACUCGGCCGUCAACAAGAGGCUCAUAAAACGUACAAAAUGCAUACAAGAGAGAAGCAUCGGGAUAACAUAAGGCAGGCGCAUUCUAGCUGUAAAACUAGGCACCUAAAAACAAACCCCCGCUCAGAAAAAAGCCCUACUCCCGUAAAACACACGAGACCCAGAGUUCUUCGAAGUCGGCGUCUUCUGAUCCGAUGUGGUCGAGUUCUCGGAGCUGCUCGGCCCAUUUUCGUAAUCCAUAGGAAGCUUCAUCUUGGCCAGGGACACUGUAAACUGCUGCAUGCUUUUCAUCGGCUUCACAUCACCACCACCACCACUCUUGGCAUCAUCCAGCCCGUUUUCACUAAUUUUCUCCUCGGGUUUCUCCUCAGGGCCCAAAACAGGCUCCUUAGAGGUCUUCUCAUCAGACUCAGAACUCACCUCAGCAGAAGCAGAAGCAGAAGCAGAAGCAGAAGAGUUGGCCUUCAACUCACUCCCAGCCGACAGGCUCUCCCCAGGCUUGGUGCUGCAUAUCUCAAUGUAUUCCUCCACCAUCUUGUGAUUCUCGUUCGCAACCUUCGGGUCCGGGAACUCCAUCCGGUCGAACUCGUUCACAAGGGACGCGAUCGACUCGUUUUCCGGGACAACCAAAACUGGUGCAGUAAUCGCGAUCACGUCCGGCUGGAGAGUGGAAUAGAUCGGUGGACGAGAGUGAGAACUCCUUCCGGAGCUUCGACCCUCCCUGAAGGAGGAUCUCGGAAAGGGGAACCAGGGCAAAACCGAGCAGUUGAUCCUCCAUAUUUCGCACUUGAGGGAGGAGUUGGGGGUUCGGACCGUAAGGCGGAGGCUCUCAUCGAAGACGGGGUUGUGACCGCCGCCGUGGAUGAUUUUGGUGGAGACGGAGUUUUCUGGGUGGCUCGUGAGGCAGAGCUUGGCGUACACGUCCUGCUUCUGGUAGAUGCAGAUGUUGUGGAUGUCGCGGGCAUGGUGGAUGUACACGUCGAGGGUCGCCAGCUGGCGGUUGUCCUCGUCCUCGUGGGCCCCAAUGUCUUUGCUCUGGAAAUUGAUCUCCAUAUUCUCUCGGGGAGGAUGGGUCUUGAGUGGGGACACGACCGACUGAGGGGAAUCCAUGAG